GGCGCCGGGCCUCGGGGCCUCGCGUCUCCGCCCGCCCACCGGCUCGCUCACUCGCUCGGAGCCCAGGCCGCCGCCAUGUCUUCCGGGGCCAGCGUGAGCGCCCUGCAGCGCCUGGUGGAGCAGCUCAAGCUGGAGGCCGGCGUGGAGAGGAUCAAGGUCUCUCAGGCGGCGGCAGAGCUUCAACAGUACUGCAUGCAGAAUGCCUGCAAGGACGCCCUGCUGGUAGGUGUUCCAGCCGGAAGCAACCCCUUUCGGGAGCCCAGAUCCUGUGCUUUACUCUGAAGACUGGGAAGAAGUCCGCUGAGCAAUGCUUUCAAGCACCAAGUGAUGAAUGACUGCCUCCAAAUCUCAAGAACACAUUUCUCCAGCCAAAUGACUUUUAGAUAUUUCACAGGACCUUUCCUGUGGCCUGGUCCUUUAGCCAAAAUUCUAUGGAAAUUUAUGAGUUUCUACUCAAGGAAACUGGGUGAAGGAGUAGAUUUUAAAUAAUAAUGGCCUGGUUCUUUGUUGAAGUGCUUUAUACUUAAACAAAAACCUUACCACCAAAUAUACCAAAAUACACCUCUUUCAUUAAGUGAAUUACUAGUGUUUCUAUACCUGGAAUGUUACGUAUGUUUUAUUUACUCGAUGUUUACAUUUUGGGAAGGAAAACAGUAUUGUUUGUUAAAAAAAUUAAAUAUUUGUAAUUUGUUGUUCCCGACUAAGAUUUUUAUACCAUAACAAAAUUUGUUCUUUUCUCAUGAAUUUAUAAUUUCUAAAUGAAGACAAGCAAGUAUAAAAUUGGGGAAAGAAUGGGCUUUAUUAAUCAAAUGAUGUCUUGAUUUUUCUAAAUGAGAGGAUUGUUUUAUUUUUAACACUAAAUAUGGGAGCUGUUUCUUAGCAAACUUGUUUGAAAGGAUUAAUGUUGUGUUGUGUAUUAGAUUGCCCCAUCCUGUAUAUGAAGCAGAUUUGAUCUUUGUCUUCUUAAGUUCCUCUAUUUUAUAAUGGUGGUUUUACUUAAAAAAAAUACUGAAUUAUUUCAUGUCUUUAAAACAAUGUUUAAAUGUGAUCUACAGAAUACUGCAAAUGAUUAAAAAAAAAAAGUGAUGUGAAAAUAUUACAACCUAAAUGAAUUCUCAAUGUCACAAGUGUUUUACUUUGAUGAUGUGCCUUUGAUUUAAUUUGGGACACUUAAAAGAAUACUUUGUGUUUGUUAUAAUCUUUGAAGAGCUUGGAAAUAAAAUUUCUGCUUAAUUUCUGCUAAUGACAGCAA